ACCGCGCCCAAGAGGUGCCCGCCUCCAUCGAGGCCGCAGCUCUGAGGUUCUGCCUUCCCCAGCAGUAUCGACGGCCGCGACGUGCGGACAGGCCCGUCUCCGCCCCAACCUAUCGGCCCCCGGCCGGUCUGGAGCUCGCGGCAUGUUCUCGGCGGGCGCGGAGAGUUUGCUCCAGCAGGCCAGGGGGAUCCAGGCUGAGGAGCUGGGACGGUUCUGUGAGCGGAUCAUGAAACAGCUGCGGAAUGAGGACUGGGGAACCGAAACCCUGGAUAGCCUGCGGAGGCUCUUCCUCAUCGUCUCAGCCACCAAAUAUGCCAGGAAGCUGCCUGAACCUUGCCUGGACCUGCUGCAGGCUGCCCUUCUGUCACCCACCUGCCCUGAGCACCUGCAGUUAAUCUGUACUGCCAUCUUGCGGGAGAUGUCACCCAUGGACUGCCUGGGCCAGGGACUGUUUGGGGACCACAUCCAAAGCACUCGACACCUGAGUCUCGCCGCCUCUGUGCUCCUGGCCCAGGGUGACAGGAGGGAUGAGAUCCGCAGUGUGGGCCAACGCGUCGUGCAGUGCCUGGGGGGUCGGCACCCUGAGGGGGCAGGCCCAGGCCAGCUGCUCCCACUUGUGGCCAAGGUCACCAGCCUGGCCCCGAGCAGCCUCCAUGAAGACCAGACCAACCUGCUCCACAAGCGUCUGGGGGACUGGCUGCGCUAUGCUAGCGUGCAGCAGGCUACAGCCCCCUCUUCAGGGGGUUUCUUCACGCCCAGGACUCGGCAGCCCGGCCCACUCACUGAAGUGGAUGGAGCAAUAGCUGCUGACUUCUUCACGGUGCUGUGCUCCGGCCAGCGCUUCACAGAGGACCAGUGGCGGAACGUGCAGGCCUUCUCCAUGCUGCGCACCUGGCUGCAGCACAGUGGCCCAGGGGGCUCUGGGGGCCCUGACGCAGAUGACAGAUCUGAUCUGGAAGGUUCCACACUGUCGGUGCUCUCAGCUGCCCCCUCUGUGGGUGGCCCACUGGCCCCCAGGGAGAGGCUGCGAGAAAAGGCCUUUGAGUACUGCCAGCGCCUGGUGGAGCAGAGUGGCCGGCGGGCCCUGCGUAAGGCCGACUCGGAUCUGCAGAAAGCUUGCCUAGUGGAAGCCGUGCUGCUGCUGGACCGUCUCUGCAGCGAGGAUCCCUCCUUCCUCUACCGAAGCCUCGCCUGCCUGAGGGCCCUGCAGGGACGGCUGUGUGGAGAUUCCGCCUUUGCGCGGGCGCUGCUGCCCGUAGCCCAAUUCUACCUCAACCACGGAGAGGCGGCAGCCGUGGAUGCUGAGGCCGUGUGGCAGGUCCUACUGUCCAGGCUCCCGGCUGAGCUAUUCCACGACCUGGCACUGGCCUUCGAACUUGCCCGCUUUUGCAGGGAUGGCGCCCGGCUCCGUGCCAGCUGCCUGGACCGCCUGCGCCUCCACUUCCCCAACCUCCUCAAGCUCCUGGCCUGGAACUGUCCCCCGCUUGUGGCUGAGUUCAUGGAGUUGCUCCCAUUGCUGGUGGACACGGACACAGCCCUAGAGAUGUUCCAUGCACUGCUGGACUUGCCUUGUCUCACAGCGGCCCUGAGCCUGCAGCUCCGGUCACUGCUGCCCCCUACAUCUGAGCGGCCACCCUGGGACUCCUCCCUUAAGGUCCCUGGCUGCCUGGAGGCCUUCCGAGACCCAAAGUUCCGGUCUCUCUUCCAGUACCUGCUGCGUCCCAAGGCUGGGGGCAUCCUGGAGAGGUCGGCACCACUGCACCAGUUGCUGCAACCCAUGGCCAGUGCGGCUCGCGUGCUGCAGUGCACCCAGGCUGUGCCCACACUGCUCCGGGGCUUCUUCUCAGCCAUGAACCAAAUUGCUGACGAGACCUUGAGUCGCCAGCUGGUGCUAGCACUGCUAGAGAGAAGCGAUUCACUGUUCCCAGUCCCAGGAUAUGAGGCUGAAGUGCACAGGGUCCUGGGCCCACAGCUGCUGGCUCUGUUCCGGCUGUGGCCCUCGAUGGUGCUCGAACUGGCCAAGGAGCUGCUAGAGUUUGUGAGCAGUGGUGUAGGCAGCCGGGGGAGCCUGCUCAUCUGUGUGGUGUGGGCGAUCGGCGAGUGCGUGUCUGUGUCCGGGGAUCGGCACUGCACCGUGGAGCAUGUGAACCAGUUUUUUGAGGCACUCGAGGCACUGCUGUUCGAGCUUACACAGUCCAGACCCUGGGCCAUGCCCCCACAGUGUCCCCCACAGGUCGUCACCACGCUCAUGACGGCACUCACCAAGUUGGCAUCCAGGAGCCAAGAUCUCAUCCCCAGGGCCUCGCUGCUGCUGUCCAAGACCAGGGCCCUAGCCCCAAGUGCUGGGCUGGGGGAGCCGGACAUGGAAGCCAUGGGCACACGGGCCACAGAGCUGCUGAACCUCCUAAAGAUGCCUAGUGUGGCCCAGUUCGUUCUCACGCCCAGUGGCGAUGUGGCCGCAGCCCGCUACCACCGUGACACCAACACAGCACUGCCACUGGCACUGGACACGGUCCGCCAGUUGCUAGACAGGGAGGUGGGUGCUGGAGGGGACCAUGGGGAGGGCCCACAGGGAUGACUGUGCCUGGGAGCAUCGGUGCCAGGUUGGCCUCUUCACAAGGCAACAUUGGAAACUGUGAACUCUGGGUCCUGUUUGUCAUUAGGGAAAAAACAGUAGUAAUGAAGUUGGGUUUUGGUACCACAUCCAGCGGUACUCAGGGGUAUCUUACUCCUUCCUGGCUCUGAGCUUGGGGAACUCCUGG